AUGACCGCUGAAAUCGAUUCAAUGAUUGAAAAAGUCGCAAAUCAGUCUUCAUUAGUCAAAAUCAACACAUCUAUCCAAAACAACUUCCAUUUUCUCCAAGAAGGUCGUAAAUUCAUUCAUUCCGCACCAGUUAUCAUCUCUGGAGACAAAAGCGGACCAGGACCAGGCAGUUUUAUCAUUUUUAAUGAUAUAAUUGUUUUGGUCAAAAGAUUGUCAAAAACAUCCAAAGUUUUUUACGAUUCCCCUGUUUUGGAAUUCGUAUAUAAAAGGAACUCAGCUGCACAACAUUCCAUUUCCAUUUCUUUCCCUAAGAAAUCGUAUUUAAUGAAGAAAAAAGGUGGAUAUGUUUUUACUGUCGAUUUUCACUCCGAAAACGAAGAAAAAACAUGGUUUUCCAAACUUAGAGAAGUCCAAAUCUCCAGAUCUUUACAACAGAAAGACAUUACAGCGAAGAAUAUGAUUUGGGAGCCAUUUGUUACUAACAAAAACAUUCCUGAAAUGGCAGACAACAAAGCCAUUGUUUUUGGAAAUUCCGUUUACAUUUUCAAUGGAACAGAAACUUCUUCUGAACUUAUUACUAUUUCUUUGGAAGAUAACAAAGUUUCUCAGACACAAAUGCCAAUUAAAAAAGCUUCUUUCAAAGCUUUUUGUUUAUCAAUAAUUGGUGACAAAAUUUACGGUCCAUGCACAAGAGGAAUUUUCCAGUAUCAACCAACAAUGAAUACGUACAAAGUUGCUGUUCUUAAAGGCAAAGGAUUCGAGCCACUUAAAGGACAAACAUCCGUUUCAAUUAAAAACAAUUUGUUCAUUUUUGGUGGUGAAAAUGAACAAGGAAUUCCGCAAAACACUUUUUAUCGUUUUAAUCCUGUUGAAAAAACAGUUGCAAGUAUUACAGAACAUCUUCCUGAACCAAGAACAAACCACACAACUGUAGAACAUGGUGGACACAUGUAUAUCUUCGGAGGAAGAACAAAUAAAGGUGUAACAAACCAAUUAUUGAUGUAUUCUCCAAGAAGAAACAAAUGGAUGAAUAUUGACAUCAACGGUUUGAUUCCAAGAGAAAACCAUGUUUCUAUUGUUGCAAAUGACAUAAUGGUGAUAAUAGGUGGAUCAGAGAAAGCUCAAGCACAGUUUGUUGAUCUCAAAAAGAAGUGUUUGAUAUCAGUAAAUGAGUUAGGAAAUGUUCCUGAAAUCAUUUCUCGUUUUGCAGCAAUUUUGGCAAAUAAUGACAAAAUUGUUUGCAUUGGAGGUGAAUCAAAUGGUGCAUUGACAAACAUGAUUUAUGAAAUCAAGUUACCAUUUGAAUUAUCACAAGAAAUAGUUCAUAAAAGAUAUGAUUCAUAUAAUGAAAUUUCUGCUACAAAAGAAAUUCCAAAAUUAGAAUUUACACCGAAAUUAAAGAGAUCAAAAUCACCUGUGAAUCAUGUAACAAAGAGAAACAAAAAGACAAUGGAAGAAGUUUCUCCUUUGUUUGAUAAUUCUGAUCCAUUCAACAAAACAGAAGAAUUUCCUUCAAUUCAAUCACAAAUUCCUGUUUCUCUUUUCGAAUCUUAUACAUUAACUCUUCCUGAAGAAGCAGAUUUAGAUGACGAAGCAGCCGAAAUCGCUGCCAAAGAAGCAGAAGAAAAGAGAAGAUUAGAAGAAGAGGAGAGAUUGAGGAAGGAAGAAGAAGAAAGAAAGAGAAAAGAAAAAGAAGAAAAGAGAAGAUUGAAAGAAGAAAAAAGAAAGAGAGAUGAAAUGACAAAUGAAUUAAAUGAAAGAUUAAAUCUUGAUGCAAAUAAAGUCCAUGAUAAUGAUAAAGAUGAUUUAGCAGAUGUUGCAGAAAAAGCAUUUAAUGAUGUCAUAAAAUCAAGAGAAAUUCCUCAAGAAGAAAACGAAAUUCCAAAGAUUGCAGAGAAGGUUUAUUUGGAAGGAUUAACAAAUGCAUCAGAAAAAGAAGUUUCCAAGCCAUUAAGAGAUUCAAUUGUUGAUUUAAGAAUCAAAGAAGAAAAAGAGAAAUUAAAGGAUAUUAUUGAUAAUUCACCAGUUGAAGAAUCUCCAGAUUUACUUGCCAAUCUUUUCGAACAAUUCGAAAAUGAAAGAAAACCGAUCUGUCAAUUAGCAGAAGUAAUUGUAAACAGAAACAUCCAAGAAAAAAUGGAAAAUUCUCCAGAAGAUGAUAAACAAAAAGUGACAGAUUUAAUAUCCAAAGUUUUAACAGAUAUAUCUAAAGAUGAUAAUCUCAAAUUCAAGGAUUUAGAUGAAUCUAAAUUAGAUGAUAUUAUUUCCCAACAAAUGGAAGAUGUCGACAUUGAAGAAAAUGAAGAUUUAUUCCAUGAUUUGGCAAAAGAAGCUGUUGGAGAUGUUUUAUCAGCAGUUCAGCUUAAAGGACUUGAACCAGCAUUAAAUCAAUUCGCUAACAACGCAAUUGAUGAUGUAUUAAAUGAUCAAGCAGUUUUAGAAUCAGAAAACAAAGAAAAUGCUGUAAAAGAAAGCAUCAUAAAUAAUGAUGAUGUUCCUGAAAAAUUAGCAUUUGAAAUUCUUGAUAUGAUGAUUCCUGAUGUUACAUACCAUUAUAACGAAACACUUGAUGCAUUACCAACUAUCGCUAUUGGACUAGUAAGUAAUUUGGCUUUGGUUGAACAACCAAAUUCAUUAGAAAAAUCAAAAAUCGCUUUAGAAAAGGCUCGUGAUUUAUGUUUGGCAAAUUCAAAUGAAAACGAAAAAGUUUUGAAGUUAACUGAUGAAGCUUUAUCUAAACUUCAAAAUCCAGAUGAUUUGUCAUCACAAGAUCUGAUUAAUGAUUUCAUUGCAAAUAUUAAUAAGGAUGCUCCAACAAAUGUUGUUGCAUCAAUAUUAAAUUCCGCAAUUGAUAAUUGUUUAUCUGCUGUUAAUUCUAACAAAGAUAAAUCAGUUGAAUCAAUUGUAAAAGAUUCAAUUUCAGCUGUUGAUAACAAAGAACUUGAAAAUGUUAUUUCAGAUCUAAAAUCACAAUCAAGUAUUCCUAUUAAUGCUGCAGCUGUUGCUUCUGUUUCAUUAGUAGCUAAAACAUCUUUACAAGCCGUUUCUCAACAUCCUGAUGAUCCAAAACUUGUAGAACAAGCUAAAGAAUCAAUCAAAGCAGCUGCAGAUCUUGCUUUAGUUGUAAUUGCUGAUGAUGACGAACUUUCGAAAGAUGUCAUUUUAAUGACAACUAAGUUUGCUGAUAGGGCUUUAGAUGAACAUCGUAAUGUUUCAUCAGAAGAUGAAUUGAAGACAAAGCUCAAAGAUGUAAUUGCUAAUCAGUUGAAGUCAGAUUUACUUGAAGCCGAAAAAGAUAAAGCAAAUUCAAAGGAUUUGAUUGAUUUACUUGAUAUUGCUGCAAUGGCAAAGAUUGCAAGUGAAAAUGAAUCAGAUCCAGAGAAUAAGAAAGAUCUUGAUAAUCUCCUUAAUAAAUGCCGUGAAGAAGCAAUUGCAAAAUUAGAUGAAAUCAAUCAUCAUCAAAUUCCUAUUGAAGAAAUUGAGAAAAUUGUUGAUGCAAUGCUUAAUGAAAUGGCAUCUAAACUUGAAAGUAAUCCUGAUAUGAGGCAAUCAUCAAUAAAUUACAUCAAUGAACAAUUACAAAAAGCUAAAGAAGCUUACGAAGAAUCACCAAAAGAUCAAGAUCGUGAUCAAUUCAUUUAUGAUUACAUUAUGGAUAAUAAACCAAGUGUUGAUGAUGAAGAUUAUGACGUAAUAUCAAGAGAUAUCGACUUCGGAGAAUUCGGAGAAGAAAUAACUGAUGAACAAAUCAAAGAUAAACUUGGUGAUAAAGCGGAUGGAUUAUCUAAAGAUGAAGCAAUGAAAGCUUUAGAAGAUCAAAUGAUUGGUGAUAUCGGAUCGAAAUUAGCCGAGAGUCUUGUUGAUAGAUUAUUGAAUGAUUAUCACGAGAAUGAAUUAAUUUCACAAAUGGUUCGUGAAGCAAUCAAUGCAAUGGUUAAGGAUAUUUUGGCUAAAAUGAAAGAUGAAGAUGCAGAAAAGAUUAUUCAACAAGUUUCAGCAAGUGCAAUGGCUCAACUUGCUCUCAAGCAUAA